GAUGAUGGAGCUGGUGCGACGCGGAAACAGCCAAUACCCUGGAGCGAAGUACAUCGUGAGGGAGAACGGCGCGCGGGUUGACCUUCGCUACCACCCGAAGCCCUCUGACCUUCACCUUCAGUGCGGGUACAGGGUGGAAAGACACAUAACGGACGGUGACCUUAUCAUCUUCAACAGGCAGCCUACACUUCACAAGAUGUCUAUGAUGGGGCACAAGGUCAAGGUCCUCCCGUGGUCCACCUUCCGAAUGAACCUGUCCGUCACUUCGCCCUACAACGCAGACUUCGACGGGGAUGAGAUGAACCUACACGUCCCUCAGAGCAUGGAAACACGGGCGGAGAUUGAGAACCUUCACCUGACGCCUCGUAUGGUCGUCACGCCGCAGAGUAACCGACCUGUCAUGGGCAUUGUACAGGACACACUGACGGCUGUUCGAAAAAUGACUAAAAGAGAUGCGUUUUUAGAUAAGGUGAGGGUGUGUAGGGGUGUAUGGGGUGUGGAGGUGUAG